CUGCCAUUAAAUCGAACCAAGAGCCCCCGUACCACCAAGAUCAGCGGCGCCCGGUUUGAACUAAUCGGCUCCAGAAUCGAAUCCGUCCAGGCCGAUCCAAAACGAGGAAGCGCAACGGAAGCCGGGGGCUCUCUCCGCUGGGGUGAGGAGACGACAGGGGAAGGAGAUCCAAAUCUCCGCCCCGCAGCCACGCUCACGCGCACAUCGUCCUCCUCCCUCCCUUCCCCGAUCCCCACCGCCUCGCCUCGCGCCUGCGCGCGUGCGUGCCCGUCUCCUCCUCCUGCCUGCCUGCGCGACUAGUAGAAAUAUAGGCGCGCGUGCCGCCCCGGCCUCCCGCUCCUUCGGUUAAUUUCCACAGGCCGUUCACAUCAUCCGCGCGCGCGCGGGCGUCUCGGGCGGCCGUCGCCGUGCGGUCUCUGUUGGUGGCGGUGCGCGGCGCGUGAGCGACGACGGGGUGUGCCGCCCAGCGGGGAGGAGGUCGUCCGUCCGGCGGCGGCGAUGGUGGGGGUCAGCGGCGCGGAGGCGGUGUCCGUCGCGGUCCUCUUCUCCUUCGCCUUCAUCUGCGCCCGCUUCCUGCUCGACAGCCUCGUCUACAAGCCAUUGGCAGUUUACCUUUUCAAUACCAAAGCUUCUAAGUUGAUGAAUGAUGAGGCCAGGCAAGCAAAGAUUGUCAAGUUCUCAGAGUCCAUUUGGAAACUUACAUACUAUGCUUCUGUUCAAGCAUGGGUCCUCAUGAUAAUAAAGCAGGAACCAUGGUCGUUGGAUACGAUGCAAUACUUCGAUGGCUGGCCAAAUCAACCCAUUCCGAAGACAUUGAUGCUUUUCUACAUGUGCCAGUGUGGAUUUUAUGUCUACAGCAUUGGUGCUCUUGUUGCUUGGGAAACCCGCAGAAAGGAUUUUGCUGUAAUGAUGUCCCAUCAUGUAAUAACAUCUACUCUAAUUGGAGUUUCAUAUCUGACCGGAUUUUUCCGAAUUGGGAUCAUCAUUCUCGCCCUGCAUGAUGCAAGUGAUGUAUUUCUUGAGACUGCCAAAUUGUGCAAGUACACGGAAAAAGAGCUGGGUGCUAGCUUGUUUUUCGGUCUCUUUGCUACCUCCUGGCUUCUAUUGCGUCUGAUUUACUUUCCAUUUUGGAUAAUCAAAACCUCUAGCUAUCAUUCCAUCACAUUCUUGAGGAAGCUGGAUGAAUUCCCUACAACUCUGUACUACAUCUUCAAUACGAUGCUUCUCACAUUGCUUGUGUUCCAUGUGUACUGGGGGAAACUCAUAUGUUUGAUGAUAAUGAGACAAUUGAAUAAUAAGGGACAAGUUACAGAUGAUGUUCGAUCUGAUUCCGAGGACGACGAGUAAUAGGGAGAAUCAUUCUUUGACAUCUGCAAUGUGUCAUUUCUUCGCUGAUACUUUUCUAUGCCUGCUUCCAGAAUAGAUUGUUUUGGUCUUGGCAAGUUCGGGGCACGGAUAGGAAAGUUGAUCUCUGUAUAUUGCCUUGUGAUAUGAAACGUGGCUAGACGAGAAUGGAACAGGUCCUAUACAUGACGGGUAUAGCUAGCAUCUUACUUGAAGGUUCCUUCACAAAUUUUUGGUUCACCUUUUUUGAUAUGGGAAAAGACAUGAGAGGGUGUGCACCGUAGCUUUUUUCCCGAAGCUUACGGAACCCCUCUGUACCAUGUUCAGUAUACUUCACCUGUGAGUAGAUUUAGUUCUAAUUCAUGAAUAAAUUGAUUCUUUUGGUCGGGAGUAAAUCUCACUUGUAUCUUAAUGAUAUGAUGUGAUGUGAAAUGAGCUUUAUGCAGCUGUACAAUUUUUUUU